GGGAGGAGAAAACAGUUGUGUGUAUGUGCCUCUGAAUGAGAGACAGCCUUUAGCUCAGCGGGGCGUCUUAGUGGCUCUGCAGGAUCAAGACGGACAUCAAGGGGGCGGGAUCGGAUAUCCAGAGGGCGGGACUAGACAUCCAGAUGGAGAUAGUCACACCCCUUCUGCCAUCUCCGGGGAAACGGAUUCAGGGGAGUCAGAUGCGGAACAAGACGCAGCGCCCAACAAACACAGAGCGCGCCACGCACGUCUUCGCCGUAGCGAGAGCCAAUCAGAGCGCCUCCUGAAGGAGGCCAAGACUCGCUGCAAGCGGAUCGCCCUGCUGCUGUCGGCCGCGCCCCAGGCCAGUAACCACGGCAACCGGGGCGUGUUGAUGUUCCAGAAGCAUCGGCAACGAAGCAGGAAGUUCACGCUCGUCAGCUACGGCACCGGCGAGGAAGAGGAGGAGGUUUACUCCACGGGAGACGAGGAAGACGAGGAAGAGGAGAGGGCAUUUUUUGCUGUGGGCCCGAGUCAGCAGGAGCAGCAGGAUCUAGAUCUCGACCCGGACGCUGAGGAGAGCAGCCAGCAGCAGCACACCGUCCACCUCACACUCCAGGUCUCCGGCCGGGAAACGCCCACCUUCACGCCCUUCACACACACACUUCUGAUACGGGACAAGGACGCCCCUCACACACACGACAGAGACACACUCCCCGUCUCACACUCACGCGACAGAGACACUCUCCCCGUAGAAGACCACCCCCCAGCUGCUGUCACUCAGGCCACCGCGGCCAAUCAGGAUCAAGACAGCGCUCCGCUAACCCCUCCCCCUCCAGAUAAAGCCCCUCCCCCUCUGCUACGCGUGCUGAGCGUUGGCCCGGCGACAGCGUUGAGUUUGGGCCUGGCGGCCAUGGAGACGGCCAUGGAGGCGGGGCCUGGGGGCCAGAUGGGCAAGGGGGCCAUGAUGUUCGCCCAGCGCCGGCAGCGCAUGGACGAGAUCGUAGCGGAACACGAGGAGAUGCGGCAGAAAGGACUUCCUGUGGAGAGCAAGAUGGAGGCCGAGAAACAGCUGAUAUACCAACAGGAAGCGCAAUACCACCUCCAACAGCAGGAGGCAGCGCACUACCAGCAGCAGCAGCACGAGACUCAGGCCUAUAUGGACCUCAACACCCACCAGCAAUAUCAGCAGUACCAGCAGGAGGCGCAAUACUACACCCAGCAGCAGCAGUAUCAGCAGCAGCAGCAGCAGUACCAGCAGCAGCAAUAUGAACAGCAGCAGUACGAACUGCAACAGCAGCAGCAGCAGCAGCAGCAGCAACAGUACCAUCAGCAGCUUCAAUACGAACAGCAGCAGCAGCAGCAGCAGCAGCAGCAUCACUACACGCAGCAGAUGAACGGCAGCGUCCAUGGUAACGAGGUCCCACCCCCAGCCCCAGCGAUGUCCAAUCGCAGUGCGGAGCCCUUCCCCCCGCAGCAGCAGACGGAGCCGGAGCCGGAGACAGAGCAGAUCGCAUCACGUGACGAGCGCAUCGCGGUUCCUGCCAUCAAGACGGGAAUACUUCAGGACACUAGGCGGCGCCAGACCCCCAUGUUCACCUUCCGCCAGACGCCCAAGAUAGCGCCCAACCCCGAGCUGCUUAAUCUGGUGAACCGCGGCAACAAGCCCCUCCCCUCGGCCGCAUUCGACGCCCUAGUAGGGGCGGGGCCAGAGGAAGACUACCUGAGUCUCGGAGCAGAAGCCUGCAACUUCCUCCAGGGGGCGCCAUCGCCACGCGUCAAGCAGAAGGUCCCUCCCCCCGUGGCCCCCAAACCCCAUAUCGACCCCAACUCCCCGCCCUGGUCGCCGCAGCAACUGGAACCCGACCCCGCCCUGCCCGGUCACGAUGCCCCCGCCCCCGUGAUGAUGAACAACAUGGCCGCCGCCGCUCAGGCCUACGGGGCGGCGCCUGCUCCUGAUGUUGCCAUGGCAACGCCCUCCCCCGCGGCUGUGGCCCAGCCCCCCUCCCCAGAGAUGCAGCACUCGGCAGCAUGGCAGCAGGCGGAACCUCAGCAGCACCACCAACAAGCCCCUCCCCCUCAGCAGCCAGAGGCGUGGCCGGACGUCCAGCAGCAGGUCCAGGCGCCGCCCCCCUGCAGCACUCCGCAGGCCACACAGCCGUCCCCUGAGAUGCCUGCUGCUGCUGUGGACUCCUGGGCUCCCACGCAGGCACCUCCUCAGCCGCCCGUCACCACCUGGGCCCCUCCCCCCGCCCCCGGCCCCGCCCCCGAGGCCCACUGGGCCAGCCAGGCACCGCCCCCCACUCAGGCCCCCGAGGUGUCCGCCCCGAUGCCUGCACAGCAGACGCAGAGCCAACAACAGGCCCCCUGGGUCUCCCCCGCCCAGGCCCCGGCACCUGCCCCAGCACCGGCCCCCGCGACCCCCCCAGCUCCGGCUCCUCUUCCCUGGCACCCGCUCCUGCCCCCCAAGCACCCGCCCCCCCCCGCCACCUGGCCUCCCCAGGCCUCCCACUCCCCCCCACAGGCCUCCUGGUCCCAACCCCAGCCCCCUCCUCAGCAGCAGCCGCCCCCUGCCACCUCCUGGGCCCCUCCUACGCCCCCUCAGAGCCAGCAGCCGCAGCCCCCUUGGGCCCAGCCCCAGCCCCCCCAGCAGGCUGACGCCGGGCCGCUGCCCCCCUGGAUGACCCCCCCUCAGCCCCCCCAGGUGGACCCCCCCUCACCCUCCGCCUGGCCCCCACAGGCUCAGCCGCCCUGGGGACCGCCCCCACACAUGAUGGCCAAUGGGCAGCCGGCUCCGCAGAUGAUGGCCAAUGGGCAGUGGAUGCAGCCCCAGGCCCCGAGUCCUCAGCAGCAGGGUCCCCUACCACCCUGGAUACAGCAAACCCCUCAACACCCGCAGCACCCCAUGGCACCCUGGGGACAGCAGCCACCGCCCGCAUGGCAGCACCAGGUGCAGCCUGGAUGGGGUGUCCCUCCUCACGCGCAGGCCUGGGGCCAACCACAGGGGGGGCCCCCUAACGCCCAGUGGGGCCCCCCCGGGGGGGCACAGGAGAACAGCUGGGGGGCACAGCAACAACAACAGCAGCAGCCGCAGCAGCAGGAACCGGAGCCGGAACCGGAACCGGAACAAGAACCUGAACCUGAGCCGGAGCCUGAGCCGGAACCUGAGCCGGAACCGGAGCCAGAACUGCAGGUCCAGCAGCAGCCCGCUCCUCGUCUGGGCCCCAAGCCGUGGCCGCCCCCCCAGCCCACCGGCCCUGCCACCUCCGUCCGCUACCAGGGCUCCCGCGUCGCCGCCCCGGCCCCCGCUCUUGGUCCUCCUGCUGCUGCUGCUCCUGCUCCUGCUCCUACUCCCCCCGCACCCCCCAGAGAGGAGACUCCUCCCCCCCCCGGAGGUGGCAUGGGCUCAGCGUUCGAGAUGCCGGCGCUGCGCGGAAAAGGAGCCGAGCUGUUCGCCAAGAGGCAGUCACGCAUGGAGAAAUACGUAGUGGACUCAGAAUCCGUACUGGCUGCAAAUAAGCCCCCCCGGCCGACCUCCCCCACGGUCCCCGUGCAGACGGAGUGGAAGUACUCCCCCAACUGCCGAGCUCCGCCCCCUAAGGCCUACAACCCCCUGCAGUCCCCCAUGUAUCCACCGGGGGCAGUCAAGCCCUCACCCUCAACAGGACCCACCAGCAAGAAGGAUAAGGAGAAGAAGAAGGAGAAGGAGAAGCCGGCCCCGAAGCCUCUUCAUGUGCUGGACGUGAUGAAGCACCAGCCGUAUCAGCUGGACCGCUCGCUCUUCACCUACGGGCCGGCGGCCGAGGCCUUCGCAGCCAAGCAGAAGGCGGCCGAGGAGGCGGCAGCGGCACAGGCGGCAGAGGCAGCCGCACAGGCACAGGCACAGGCACAGGCUGCACAGGCAGCACAAGCACAGGCUGCCCAGGCGUACGGCUAUGGCUUCAUGCCUCAGCAGCAGGGGUAUGGUGGCAUGGAGGGUCUCUACGGUUACCCGCCCCACAUGAUGCAACAACACCCCGCCUACCAGCAGCAAAUGGCCUAUCAGCAGCCUCCAUACGGCCAGUACCCUCCCCCCGGGCCCUACCAGCAGCAGCCAUCCUAUCAGGCGCCGGCUCCAGAGGCCUACCAGCCCCAGCCGGCCUAUCAGCAAGCUCCUGUUGCCCCCGUGGCUCCGGUACACGCCCCGGCCCCCACGCCCACCUACCAGCCCCCUCCACAGCAGGUAGCGGUGGCCCCCGUGCACGCCCCGGCCCCCACCCCCACCUUCCAGCCUGCGCCCCCUCCCCAUGCCCCCUCCGCCUCCUCGUACCCCCCUCCUGGAGGCUUCCCCGCGGGCAGCAAGGAGGCGCUCGCCGCAGGAGGUGUCAUGGCCGCCCCCAAGCCCAAAUUCGCCGCCAGGAAGUCGACGGGACAGGUGUGGCAACCCGGAGUGGGAGAGAGGGAGUGAUGAGUGAGGAGGGGAGGGAGAGAUGGAGAGAUGGAGUGAUGAGGGGAGGGAGAGGAGGGAGAGGAGGGGAGGAGUGUAAUUGUGGUGUUGGGUACUCCAUAGUGUGUACUGAUUUGAAGACAUGGGCCAAUACUAAGAAGCUGGUCUCUAAAGCCUGGCUCAAACUACACGAUGGCCAAUACUAAGAAGCUGGUCUCUUAAGAACAUGAGGACUUCAGGCUCUGCUGUCAGAUGAUUUACCUCUUAACUUGACCUGCUUUACUCCUGAACCAGCUUCUUAGUAUCGGCCCCGGGAGGGUAGAG